CCCUGUCACUACUCUCGUCCCUCUCUGACCCACAGUCAGUCGCACACAUUUAUACACAUGCGGGUGGACGGCGGAUUCUGAAAUCUCCGCGAAGAUGGUGGUACCGGGGACGUUUUUUUAACUGUGCUUGGAUAGCUCACAUAACGCUUUACAGCGGUAUCCAUUGUGCCUCUUCUGGAAAGAAAGACCGGCGAAUGGCCAGACAACCGGGAAUAUAAGAACAUCUCAAAGGGAUAGAGAGGAUCGGACGGGAAGUCCGUUUAAAUAGCUAAACCAGCAAAUCUGUCUUGAAUACAAUUGAAGUAUUUGAACAGAAGAAACAGACGCCUGCUUCUUCAUGCAAUUGAGUUAAAGUGGGGGAUCAAGGAGCCGCUUGUCUGUUCAGGGAGGACUCGGUGUCCGGGGGAUACGAGGAGGGGAGAAAGCUGGUAAUUAGCCCAUAUUCUCCACUUGCUAUUCGUCUGCGACUCAAUGGGAAGAAUAGUGGCGUGGGAAAAGUUUCCAUCAAACGAGCAAAGGAGGACGGAAAGGGGCUACAUACAACCAAGACUGGCUUCCGCCGUGGCCCUGUAUGGAUGGCAGACUGAAGUUUACUGACAAUUCAAUUGCCGGUCACUCGUGGAAUUAUGGGAGAAACCAGUGCCAGUUAUCAGGAAAUUAAAAUAAAUGUUAUGUUGACUUGACUGUUCUUGUAUAAUCAAAACAAUAUUUACUCAACACAGACUGAGCAUGGGCUGGAUCUAACAAAGUAGGUAUUUGCGCGUGUAGGCCUACACUUGAUCUCCAAUUAAAUUGUAGGUCUACUACAUUUUGCAGCUCUUUGCUCUAUUCUGCCACCUCGUCCUCUUCAAAUUGCCCACUUCUAUCAGCGUGGAUCCCCGGGGAUUGGAGGCGCAGCUUUGGAAAUUCCGGAGAGGGACCUUAGGAAAGGACGGGGCUCCAUCCAUGGAAAUACUUAGAAUGGGCCUUUUCCCAAUCACAGCAAGAGCAUGUGGGUAAAGAAGGAUAAUGGGCAUUAGACGUCAGUGGUUGUUUACUCUUUCUUGUUUAUGGGAAGACAUUUCUGCCUUAAAUAACCCAGCACAUGUCAAACAAUAGUUCCGUAACUGUGGCUUUUCUUGCGAUGCCUUUACAACGCCGGCGCGUGGGUUUAUUUGGGGAAUACGGGAUAAAGUUCUACACACACUAAGUAUUUACGCGUGCAGUUUGAAAUGAUUAUUUUUCUUUUAUAUCACUGUAAAUUGGAAGCAAUUUCUGAAUGCAUUAUAGUCUACUUUCUUGAAAGCAUUACCAUGUAAUAUAUAACAUAUAAGAGAGGACAGGCAGGAGGCUACAGUUCUGUAGAGACAAAUAUAAAUGCAGACGGGAUCUAAAAUCGAUAGAGGAUUAUUUUGACAGUGCAUGUAGAAAGAAUGGCUAUGCAGACAGCCAAGUAGUGAGAGCAUGAAGGAAUUUGAUCCAGGUUUCAGUUGUCAUUAUCUGAAGAAUUUGUCCCAAUAUACCAGUAGUCUACAGUCGGCUAUUUAGUCAGUGGAGAGCCUUGGAAAUACUACUGAAAUGCUACUGAAUACUACUAAAGUAGUAUUACACAGCUAGGUUUCUACAGUCAACAUAAUUAUGUUAUGUCAGAUUUUGAGUUCUCCCCAAAUCUUUUUCAAUGAGUCAAAAACAGUUGUCAGUACUUGGACUGGAACAGAAUGAACUGUGCCAACACAAGUCAAAACAGAGGGAAGGUAUAGGAAAGCCAGUAUUGACAUCACGAGGGGCAAUAAUUAACAGAUCAAAAUUCAGUACAGGCUAACUGUCAGACUUUUUCUUUGGAGAUGUUUUCUGUUAGUGCAUAAUUUAUCUGUUCUAGUCUAGAGGGUACCACACUCAAUACAUUCAUAGCCUACAUUGCCUUGCAAAUAGCAAUUCGCUCUAUUGUUGUCGAAUUUCUGUUAGAUUAAAAAGCAACAUGGCAUCCCCCCAACAUCAGCAGCUGCUGCCUCACAACACAGAGGUGAGCUGUGACUCAAGCGGCGAGGGCAGCGUCUCCGUGAGGAUCAGCAGUAGUGUCAAACACAAGCACGGAGGAGGAGCCGGGGCGCUGGGUGGCAUGGGAGGAGGCUUCAUGGGGAGUGGGUCCAAACACUGCAAGUACAGCAUCUCCUCUAGCUGCAGCUCGGGAGAGUCCGGGGUCCUCAGGCCCGUGGUUAAGGGGCUGCGAACCCAGAGGAAGAUGCCCCAGCUGUUUGAACGGUCUGCUGGGCACUUCUGGGACCCAAAGUUUGACUCUCCCAUCCUGGAGGAGGCAUGCAGGGAGAGGUGCUUUCCCCAGACCCAGCGGAGGUUCCGCUACGUCCUCUUCUACCUGUUCGCCGCCAGCCUCCUCUGGGGGGUGUACUUCAGUGCCAACCCCGACCGGUGUGACCGAACUGUCUUCCUCGUCCCCACCGCCUGCUUCCUCCUCUUCUGCCUCCUCCUCUUCCUUUUGACGUUCACAAGGAUCUACGUCCGCUGCUACAACCAGGCAUCGCUGCUGCUCAUCGUGGUGACCUUUGCCCUCACCCUGGCACCCCAGAUCCAGACAGCCGGCUACAGGGACCUGGAGACCCACCCUCCUGAGGAUGUGGUGGAGGAUGCGGAGGACUUCAGUGGCAUGGAGCCCAGAAAUGUGACCUUCAACCGGGACUUACCCACGGGCAGCGCCUGCCUAUCUCCAGUAGGGACCUUCUCCCUGGGCAUGGAGGUGCUACUGCUACUCUACAGCGUCCUCCACGUCCGACUCUAUGCCUCGGUGCUACUGGGACUUCUCUACUCUGUGCUCUUUGAGGCUCUGGGAUGGCUUCACCUCACCCAGGCUGCUGGGGAUGGUUGGAGCCAGGCCUUGGAGGGGUCUGACUGGGACACUCUACGCUGGCUGGGGCCAGCCAAAGCUUUGCUCCACCUGUGCGCCCAUGCCAUCGGCAUCCACCUUUUCAUCAUGUCUGAGGUGCGAUCGCGAAGUACCUUCCUCAAGGUGGGACAGGCCAUCAUGCACGGCAAGGACCUGGAGGUGGAGAAGGCGCUGAAAGAACGCAUGAUCCACUCUGUGAUGCCUCGGAGGGUGGCCGACGACCUGAUGAAGCAGGGCGACGAGGAAGGCUUGGCGGGCGGGAACUCGGCCAAGCGCUACUCCAGCAGCGGCGCGGCGGCCGUCAUCUCCAGUCCCAAGAACAACAAGAGGAAUAAGACCUCAAUCCCGAGAGGCCAGAUCAUCUUCAGACCCUUCAACAUGAAGCGCAUGGAGCCCGUCAGCAUCCUCUUCGCGGAUAUCGUAGGCUUCACCAAGAUGUCUGCCAACAAGUCGGCCCACGCCUUGGUGGGGCUCCUCAAUGACCUCUUUGGACGUUUUGACCGGCUGUGUGAGCUGACGUGCUGUGAGAAGAUAAGCACCCUUGGGGACUGCUACUACUGCGUGGCAGGCUGCCCUGAGCCUCGGGCUGACCAUGCCUACUGCUGCGUAGAGAUGGGGCUGGGCAUGAUCCAAGCCAUCGAACAGUUCUGCCAGGAGAAGAGCGAGAUGGUUAACAUGAGGGUGGGCGUCCACACGGGAACUGUCCUGUGCGGUAUCCUCGGGAUGAAGCGAUUUAAGUUCGACGUGUGGUCCAACGACGUGAACCUGGCCAAUUUGAUGGAGCAACUGGGCGUGGCCGGGAAGGUGCACCUAUCAGAGGCCACCGCCAACUUUUUGGAUGACCGGUACCAGCGGGAGAACGGACGGGUCACUGAGAGGGUUGGACAGAGCGUGGUGGUGGACCAGCUGAAAGGAUUGAAGACCUACCUGAUCUCAGGGAGGAAGGUGGAGCCGUGCUACUGUAGCUGUUCCCAGCUGGGCCUGGUUGGCCUGGAGCCUGGGGGGGACACCCGCUGUCCCACACCCCGUGCCCACACCCCAGAUGGAGCCCCCAGAGCCCCCUCAGCCUGUGGCCUACCCCAGAGAGGGGCUCCCGACAGGGCCAAGUCUCAUUGUCUCUCCUGCAGUGCGGCUGUAGUUCCAAAGGAGGAUCAGGUUCUGGAGAAGGGCACGGUGCAGAACGGUUGCCAUGACGAUCACACGACCAAUAGCAGCAAGGACACCUCAUCUCUCAAAUAUCCCUCCCAGGCCCCCUUAGGCUGCAGCCCUAAGGCCCUGAAUGGUCUGCUGAGCCCCAGGCUGGAGGAGCCCCUGACCAACAGCCAGACGUCCCUGUGUGAGAUGCUCCAGGAGAAGGAGAAGAAGUGGGGUGGAGGGGCCAUGGGGAUGGACCACUCUGCUCUCAUCCCCCUGCGCUCCAAGAACUUCAGAGAGAGGAGCGACGCUCACUUUGUGGAUGUUAUCAAAGAGGACAGUCUGAUGAAGGACUACUUUUUCAAGCCUCCCAUCAACAAGCUGAGCCACACCUUCCUGGACAGAACCCUGGAGUCUGCCUACAGGACCAGCUACCAGGAAGAGGUGGAGACCCAGGCAGCGGUACAGACCUUUGCCAGCCCUACCUUCAGCUCUUUCCUGGACAUGGUCCUGUGUUGCUCAGUGUUUCUGGCCCUCUCCCUGGCCUGCCUCCUCCGGCCCCUGCUCUCCCUCCCUGGGGCCCCCCUGCCUGCCCCGGCCCUCGCCCUGGUUGCCGUGGCCACCCUGCUGGAGGCUCUGGCGCUGGUGCUGUCUAUACGGAUGGCCUUCUACCUGGACAGCGUGAUGAGCUGCACUAGAACCCUGCUGAGGGCCAUCUCUGGUUGGGUCCCCCGUCACCUGAUAGGGGCCGUGCUGGUGUCCCUGCCCGCUGUGUCCGUCUUCUCACACGUCACCUGUGACAUGCACCUCUCCAUACAGUUCACCAUGCUCACCUGCUGUGCAGUGAUCAUUGCCAUCAUCCAGUACUGUAACUUCUGCCAGUUGAGCUGCUGGAUGCGCUCGGCCAUGGCCACGGUGGUGGGACUGGUGCUGUUCGCCCUGCUCUUCAGCCCGCCCUGCAGUUCUGCCAACAGUAUGUUAUUUUGGUCUGGCGACGCCACCAACAACAGUAACCGCAGCAGUGUUGUACAUGGUCAGCCUGAGCCCGCCGCUGACCCCGUGCCCCGCCUCCAGGACCUGCUGGGCCCCGAGGUGGGAGUGGCCUUCUUCCUGCUCCUCCUGCUCGUCUGGUUCCUCAACCGCGAGUUCGAGGUCAGCUACCGCCUCCAUUACCACGGCAACGUGGAGGCCGACCAGCACCGCAUCAAGAUCCAGAACAUGAGGGACCAAGCCGAUUGGUUGCUUAGGAACAUCAUCCCCAUCCACGUGGCAGAGCAGCUCAAAGUGACUCAGAGUUACUCCAAAAACCAUGGUAAUGUUGGUGUGAUUUUUGCCAGUAUCGUUAACUUUAGCGAGUUCUACGAGGAGAGUUACGAGGGCGGCAAGGAGUGCUACCGCGUGCUCAACGAGCUCAUCGGUGACUUCGACGAACUGCUUCGCGAGCCGCCCUUCAACAACAUCGAGAAGAUCAAGACCAUUGGUGCCACGUACAUGGCGGCGGCUGGGCUGAACGCGCAGCAGUGCGCCGAGACGCCGCACCCUCACGGCCACCUGCGGGCGCUGUUUGACUUCGCACUGGAGAUGAUGCGCGUGGUGGACGACUUCAACAAGAACAUGCUGGGCUUCAAGUUCAAGUUGCGCAUCGGUUUCAACCACGGUCCUUUGACUGCAGGGGUGAUUGGCACCACUAAGCUGCUCUACGACAUCUGGGGCGACACUGUGAACAUCGCCAGCCGCAUGGACACUACGGGCGUGGAGUGCCGCGUGCAGGUGAGCGAGGAGAGCUACUGCGCCCUCAGUGCCAUGGACUACAACUUCGACUACCGCGGCACAGUCAACGUCAAGGGCAAAGGUCAAAUGAAGACCUUUCUGUUCCCCAAGAGUGCCGACAGCGGCGCCCCCGUGCCUCAGUACCUGCUCUCCGUCUCACCAGAGAUCCGGGUGCAGGUGGACGGGAGUAUCGGGCGCUCGCCAACAGAUGAGCUCUCUAAUAUGGUGCCUAGCUCCAUCUCUGGUGUACCCAGUACCACCAGUCCCUCGCUCAGCUCUGGGGUGUCCACGGGUCUGCUGCGGCCUGAGAGGGGGGUGGUGGAGGCUGGAGAUAGGCCAGACAGUCGGCAACAAUACUACUGUAGCCCUACUACUACAGAGACCAUCGCAGCCAGACGCUCCUCCUCAUCAUCCUACGUUGGUCUAGCCUCCCUGCCUAUCACUAGUCAAGCUGGAGCUACUUUGAAAGUCAAACAACCAAAUAUGUCCAUCACUAAUAAAGAUGAAACUCCUUCAACCAGCAUCCAACAACCAAGUCUACCCGCCACUAGUCCAGCUGGAGCUCCUACAACAAACGUCCUCCAACAACCAAAACCUGUGGUGCCUGCCUCCCUCCAGUCUCUCUCCCCUCAGAAUGCCACAGCAACUGAGUCACGGAAGGAGGUGGAAAAAGAGAAAGAGGAGCAGGACGAUGAUGACAUUAUUGGCGAGCUAACGAAACUCUAAGACUGUUAUGUCUGCGAUAGUUUUUUGCAUCAGCCUUCAGCCCUUUAAGCACGGCCUUUCUUGCAUUCCUGCCAGUUGAAGCUUAUUAUGGAACAGUCAUAUGUGACGAGAAGGCAUACAGGAGGGAGCACCUAAAUGGCAGACUGUAAGAAACCAGUUUCUGGCUCCUCUGUUGUCAAUUCCUCUCCAGGUUCGUGCUCAUUAGGACACACCUUUGUUAAUCUUUUUGCAACUGUAUGCGAAAAUGAGCGUUUCUUAUUGAACAAGUUCAGAUACUACGUCUGUUUUCUUCCCGUUCAUGUCCACUGAACACGACCGAUGUAUCUGGUGGCCACAGUAAGAGUGAAUAAGAAGAUAGGGAAAGUACGAUGGGCGCUAUUACUGAACUUAUGUUGCUAUAGAAACCCAGCCUCCUAUGAUCUACUUGAUUCUCACUAACAUCUUUAGUCUUUUGUUGUUGUAUGUUUUUGGCUUUUUUUUUCUUGCCAUUGUUUUUUAUGUCUUGAUUAAGUGCCUUUAGCACAAAAUAAUGUGUAGAACAAGCUGGUCUGGACGAGGAACGAAGAAGAAGCAGAAAGGGGAAAGAACACUGGGAAAGACUUCUACACUACCAAACUGUGAACCUUAUGUACAUUUUAAGGGAAAAGCUUGGUUUCUGUCAGUUUGUUAUAGUUGUCUUUGGUCUGUGUAGCUAUGAAAUUGCUUGUAUUACUGUAGUUAAGGAGUUUACAAGAAUCGGAGCAAUAAGAAAUGCCACAGUGAAGAGUGAAUGAUGGGUUACAAAGGGAAGCAAGAUGGAGUCGUCUUUUCACAGUGAAGAGUGAAUGAUGGGUUACAAAGGGAAGCAAGAUGGAGUCGUCUUUUCACAGUGAAGAGUGAAUGAUGGGUUACAAAGGGAAGCAAGAUGGAGUCGUCUUUUCACAGUGAAGAGUGAAUGAUGGGUUACAAAGGGAAGCAAGAUGGAGUCGUCUUUUCACAGUGAAGAGUGAAUGAUGGGUUACAAAGGGAAGCAAGAUGGAGUCGUCUUUUCACAGUGAAGAGUGAAUGAUGGGUUACAAAGGGAAGCAAGAUGGAGUCGUCUUUUCACAGUGAAUCACUUUGUCUAAGAAAAGCACAGGCCUCGCACAACGCUCUCAGACAAACCCACAA